AUGCCGUCGGCGAUGGCUCCACCCCAAACAAUGCCAAUCGCCAUCAUUGGAAUGAGUUGCAGAUUUCCUGGGGAUGUAACAACACCAGAGAGGCUGUGGCAGAUGUGUGCCGAUGGUCGCAAUACUUGGUCACAGACAAAGGAAGGUCGCUUCAACUUGAACAGAUUCUAUCAUCCACAGGGAGACAAGAUAGGCAGUACCAACGCAAAAGGAGGCCACUUUUUGGACGAAGAUAUAUCACUUUUUGAUGCCUCAUUCUUCAACUUUACUACAGAAGUGGCAAAUGCUAUGGAUCCGCAACUCCGCAUACAACUUGAAUCCGUUUACGAAGCUAUGGAGAGUGCGGGGAUCACUAUCACACAGGUAGCUGGGAGCUUAACAUCUGUGUUCUCUGGCGCGUGUUUCAGAGACUAUCAUGACAGCUUGAUGCAAGAUGUCGACAACAUCCCCCGGUACUUUCUGACAGGAAAUGGGGCUGCAAUGUUUUCCAACCGCAUUUCCCACUUCUUUGACCUACGAGGACCCAGUUUGACGGUGGACACGGGCUGUUCAACCAGUCUAGUAGCUCUACAUCUUGCAUGUCAAAGUCUACGUUCGGGGGAAUCGAAGAUGGCUAUAGUCGGCGGUGCUAAUUUGCUUUUGAAUCCGCACAUGUUUAUUUCUCUGUCAAACCUUGGAUUCCUCUCCGACGACGGAAAAUCCUAUUCCUUUGACAGCCGCGCUUCUGGCUAUGGGCGAGGUGAUGGUAUUUCAAGUCUCAUACUUAAGCCACUUUCCGAAGCCGUUCGUGAUGGCGAUCCGAUCCGCGCGGUCAUUCGGGAAACCGCUGUGAAUCAGGAUGGGAAGACUCCUACCAUCACAUCUCCAUCACAGGAGUCCCAAGAAGAAUUGAUUCGCACUUGUUAUUCUCUCGCCGGAUUGGAUCCUUUGGAUACAGGGUACGUUGAGGCUCACGGAACAGGAACGAUUGCCGGCGACCAAACAGAGUCAAAUGCAAUUGGCACAGUCUUUGGUGAACAUCGUUCUUUUGACGACCCACUGUUUAUCGGGUCAAUCAAGGCGAAUUUUGGUCAUCUAGAAAGUGCCAGUGGCCUCGCCUCAAUUAUUAAAGCUUGUAUGAUGCUGGAUCGGGGUUUGAUUCCCCCAAGCACCAACUUUCAUGUUCCAAAUUCGGCUAUUGACUUUCAUAACCUCAAACUCAAGGUCCCUACCGAGCUCACAACCUGGCCAAGGCACAAACCUCGUCGUGUGUCGAUCAGUAACUUCGGAUACGGAGGUACCAACACUCAUGUGAUCAUUGAAGAUGGCUUGAUUUGCCGUACAUGGGGAUCGAUCCAUGUUCAGCGAUGCGAAGAUGGAGUGGCGGAUACUAGGAACCUGACUCUUCCCCCCAAUGAAGUCAGCCGACGUAUCUUUGUGCUCAGUGCCAAAGAGGAAAGUAUUGCAAAGAAAAUGGUAGAAAACUUGAUUAGUUACCUCCAGAAAAUGCGAAGCACCUCUACAUGGAGCUUGGCUGAUCUUUCCCAUACACUGACGAAAAGACGGUCCGACUUCAGAUGGCGGGUUGCUGUAUCAGCCAAAAACUUGGAAGAUCUCAUAGACGGCUUUUUGGAUCCUCGAGCAAGUCCAGUCUUAUCCUUGCAACCCCCUCGAGUGGGAUUUGUCUUUACCGGACAGGGUGCCCAGUGGUUUGCCAUGGGCCGGGAGUUGAUUUCAGCUUAUCCAGUCUUCUUGGGAUCACUCAACGAGGCCAACUCUUGUCUUAAAGAAAUGGGGGCUUCUUGGGGGCUAGUAGGCAGGGACGAGGAGACUACCAAGAUCAACGAGCCAUUCUUGAGCUUUCCGCUGUGUGUGGCCAUUCAGAUAUCGCUUGUUCGCCUUCUAUUCUCCUGGGGAAUCUCACCCACUGCCGUGACAGGUCAUUCCAGCGGAGAAAUUUCUGCCGCUUACGCCGCUGGUGCUCUGACAUUUGGGGAAGCCAUGGCCUGUGCCUACUUUAGAGGUUAUCUUUGCAACAGUCUUUUAGAGAGCUCUGAUCGCCGUGGUGGCAUGGUUGCCCUUGGACAUGGAAAAGAACUGGCCGACAAGUACCUACAGCGGCUUACAGCUGGCAGAGCUGUGAUUGCCUGUUUUAAUAGCCCGUUGAGUGUGACCAUCUCAGGGGAUAUUAAUGCAAUUGAGGAAAUAGAACUAAUGGCUGCAGCGGAAAAUGUUUUUGCUCGCCGCCUGAAGGCAGGAUGUGCCUAUCAUUCUCAUCACAUGAUUCCAAUGGCUUCUGAAUACGAGAAAUUAUUGAGGCAAAAACUCCAAGUGAAGGGGAGUUUUGAUGACAUCUUAUUUUCUUCGCCCGUGACAGGAGGCUUGUUGGACUCUGCCCAUGAAUUAGGUCCAGCACAUUGGGUGGAGAACAUGGUAAACCCUGUCUUCUUCGAGAAAGCCCUACGUAAUAUGAUAGCUGGAGGGAACCAAAGAGAGCAGAAUGUUGACAUUCUCAUUGAAAUCGGUCCACAUGGAGCACUGAGUGGACCUAUUCGACAGAUACUGAGUUCACCCGAACUGAAAAAUUUGGAUAUCUCCUAUGCUUCGUGCCUAUCUCGGGGGCAGGACGCUGUUAAGACUAUACAAAGUGUUGCGUGCUUACUGAAGGUAAAAGGCUAUGAUUUCAAUCUCGAAGCUGUCAGCUUCCCCAAUGGUUCCCAAGAGCACCGUGUCAUUCACGACCUGCCGGUAUACCCUUGGAACCAUUCGGUCAGGUACUGGCACGAGUCGCCGCUUCAAAAGAGAGAGCGGGUAUGUGAAUAUGAGUCCCAUACUCUCCUUGGAACCCGAGUCGUCGGAACAGUCCCAACAGAGCCAACAUGGCGCCGCCGCAUCCGUGUAUCAGAAAUGCCAUGGCUGAGAGACCACUUGCUCCAAUCCAAAAUGAUUUUCCCUGCCGCUGGGUUUGCAGUAAUUGCUAUUGAGGCAUUCUCACAGAUUUAUCCACAAAAGGCAAAUUCACAGGGUGGCUAUGAGCUACGAGACAUCGAACUACUAAACGCUCUUCUUAUUCCCGAUACCACGGAGGGGAUUGAUCUCCAGCUACUCAUUCGAAAAGCCGGUGAUGGAAAUCUGAAUCCCAAAAAAGGAGACAAGUUCCAUGCCUAUUCCCUAAGCCCCGAAGGAGCGUGGACUGAGCACUGUAAAGGGUUUAUCUGUGCAAGGUCCGAGCCUAAUCAAUCUUCAUUGAUGGGUCAAGAGGACUGCCAUAACCGCCACAAUUGGAGAAAUAUCAGCCCGAAGCAUUUCUACAGGUCGCUUGAAGGCAUAAGCCCUACGUUUGGCCCUUUGUUUCGAAACUUGCAGGACAUCCAGGCCACUGACUCAAUGUCUGUGGCAACUUUUUCAGUACCAGAAAUCGCACGCAACGCUCCAUCAAAAGAUAAAUCUAAGCUCUUACUCCAUCCCAUUACAUUAGAUACGGCCUUUCAUACAGUUUACUCGGCUAUCCCUCUGGCAAAAUUGAAGCAGAUGGGGCUUACAAUCCCCACCUUUGUGAAAACCCUCUAUGUAUCCUGUCAAUUGAGAAAUAUGCCGCACUCCGUAUUCCAGACGUCUGUGCAUGGUUGGAGUGUGAAUUCUCAAGGCUUCGAGGCCUCGCUGGAGGUGAUAGUCGACGACAUCACCAUUUCAUCUCCCCUCAUCCAGGUCGAUGGGAUGUUGUGCAGAUCUAUCGACCGGACAACCAUUAAAAAUCAGGUCUUCGAUCCAACUCUGUGUUCAAAAACCACCUGGGGUCCUCAUAUUUCAUUCCUGACAAAGGGAGAUCUGCACCACCAGUUGGCUGUGACGGAGGAUUCAAGGGAGUCUAUGAUUAUAGCAAACUUGGAACGAGCUGCAUUUUAUAUAUCAGAAGGUGUUCUACAAUUACUCACCGAAGAGGACGAAUCCAAAUUAGAGUGGCACCAUAAGCGCCUGAUUGACUGGAUGAGACAUAUCAACGGAUCAUCUCCCGGGGAAUGGAGUCUUCCGACCCCCGAGGAGAAGUAUUCUUUGAUAGAAGAAGUGUCCCACCAGAGUAUCAACGGAGAAAUGCUUUGUCGAGUGGGGUCUAAUAUGAUGUCGAUUCUCCGAAAGGAAGUCGAUCCGCUCACCUUGAUGAUGGAAGAUAGCCUUCUGGAUCGAUAUUAUGCAAAUGCAUUGAAGGUCAAACGAUCGCUCCAACAGGUCGAGAAUCUGGUCUCAUUAUUCGCCCACACCAAUCCUCGACCGAAGGUGCUCGAGAUCGGCGCAGGAACCGGUGGGGGCACCGCUUCAGUCCUCCGAGCCCUCGGGGCAAGCGAUGAAAUGACAACAAAGCCCAAGCUCGCCCAGUAUGACUUUACCGAUAUUUCGGCAGGCUUUUUUGAAGCUGCCCGAGAGAGAUUUGGACUAUUGGAUGGGCGCAUGAACUAUUUGAGCCUAGAUAUUGAAGAAGACCCGGCAAACCAGUCCUUUGAAAUCGGUACCUAUGAUCUUGUGGUGGCCUUUCACGUUCUCCAUGCUACGAAGAACAUGCAGAGAACUAUGAGAAAUGUCCGGAUGCUGCUAAAACCCGGAGGCCGCCUGAUCAUGGUGGAAGCUACAAGAGAUGAAAUGAACAUCCAAAUGGUUUUCGGAACUCUUCCGGGGUGGUGGUUGGGCGAAGAGCCCGAGAGAAGACUUUCUCCGACGCUCACGGUGGAUGGCUGGACUUCUAUCCUUGAUAAAUCUGGCUUUGACGGACUGGAUAUUGAGAUAGGAGACAGCGAAAACCGACAGGAGUAUGCUGUCAGUGUCAUGAUGGCGACUGCCAGCGUCGAGCCCGAGACACCACCCCCGGCCAGUGUCGCCAUUAUUCUUCCCUCAAAUCAAGCGCCUCCACAAGAAUGGAUAGAUGAUCUUACUCAGACCAUUGAGAAAGCAACCCUAGUUCCUUGCUCAGUUCAUUCGACGUGCCAGCCCGAGAUCCGGGCAGAUGCCUUCAUUUAUCUGGGCGACCUUGAUAAACCCAGUUUGAAUCAAUUGACAGUAGAUGAAUUCCAUAAUCUAAAAUCCCUUCUUGGGGCAUGCCAAUAUGCCCUUUGGGUUACCAAAGGAGGCGUGAUGAAUUGCGACUCUCCUUUGUCUGCCAUGGCCACCGGGUUUCUGCGGACGUUACGACUGGAACAUUCUAGCAAACGGUACAUAUCUUUGGACCUUGAUCCGAUCUCUGGCUCCUGGACUUCCCAAACCACCAUAACAAUUGCUACGGUUCUACAGAACACCUUUAUCGAUUCCUGGAAGGUACAAAGAACAGAAUACGAAUUUGCAGAGCGGAACGGUCAGAUUCUUGUGCCUCGAAUCAGCGAGGAUCAUGCGCAGAACUUGGCAAUAGCAAAGCAGAUAUCUGAACCUGAGACUGAAUUUCAAUGUUUUCAUCAAUCAUCGACAUAUCUUCAACUGGAGGCAAAAUCUCCUGGUAGCCUUGAUAGUCUAAUUUUCACCGGUCGACCCGAUCCAGUCCUUGCCGAUGGGAUGGUAGAGAUUACACCACGCGCGUUUGGACUUAACUUCCGUGAUGUUCUUGUUGCCAUGGGCCAGAUGCAGGAAAAGCUGAUGGGCUUUGAAUGUGCAGGCGUUGUCACGGCGGUGGAUAAAAAUUCCUCCCACAAAUUCAGGGUCGGUGACAAAGUGUGCGCUCUGAUGACAGCAGGACACUGGGCAAACAGAGUGCAUGUUCCUUCCACCUUGGUCGCACAUAUGCCCGACGACAUGUCCUUUGAAGUGGGUGCCUCGAUUCCGAUGAUAUAUAUUACCGCGUAUUACGCUCUGAUGGAGAUCGCACGACUUGAAAAAGGGGAAACGGUUCUGAUUCAUGCCGCCGCAGGAGGUGUCGGCCAGGCCGCUAUAAGCCUUGCACAACACAUUGGUGCGGACAUUUUUGUAACUGUUGGCUCCCAACAGAAGCGAGAAUUUGUGCAUGAUACCUAUGGAGUCCCUUUUGACCACAUAUACUCCAGCAGGGAUGCCUCCUUCGCCCAAGGCAUCAUGUCAAUGACCAAAGGCAGGGGAGUGGAUGUCAUUUUGAAUUCGCUGUCAGGGCCGCUCCUCCAAGCGAGUUGGGAGUGUAUAGCGAUGCUAGGCCGAUUUGUGGAAAUUGGGAAACGAGACAUCCAGCAAAAUCGGGAGCUUGAGAUGGCGAACUUUGGUCGCUCAGUCUCCUUCUGCGGAAUGGAUCUGCUGCAUCUUGGGACUCAUAAAGGGGAAUCGGUAUCCCGAAUUCUGAGGACUGUACUCAAAAUGAUUGAAAACGGAGAGAUCAAACCAUGCACGCCAAUCACCACCUUUUCUAUCUCAGACCUCCAGCAAGCAUUUCGCACCAUGCAAUCAGGUAGGCACAUCGGCAAAAUCGUGGUCACAGCAGAUACACAAGAUUUGGUGAAUUGGAACGAGAAGAGAACUGACUUGUAUCAACAGGUGAUCCCUCAGCGCAAUGAAAUUUCCUUUUCCGCGGAAAGCUCAUACCUCAUCGUGGGCGGCAUGGGUGGCAUUGGACGUUCCUUGGCGCAUUGGAUGGCUCAUCGAGGUGCCAGGUUCAUUGUUCUGGCUUCAAGAAAUGCGCAGAGUCUGGAUUCACAUUCGUUCCUGGAGACCUUCCGCAAAACAGGGACGGUUUGCGUGGCACGACAAUGUGAUGUUUCAAAUGCAUCAGACCUCCGGCAGAUGGUCCGGGAUAUCGAGAAUGAGAUGCCACCAAUCAAGGGUGUUGUAAACGCGGCUAUGGUAUUACAAGAUGCCCUGUUCGAAAACAUGACCUACGAACAAUGGGGAGCAGCUUUGCGGCCCAAGGUAAUUGGCAGUCUCAACCUCCAUGACCAGUUCCAAAGUCCGGACCUUGAGUUCUUUAUCACUCUAUCCUCCGUGGGCGGCAUUGUAGGAAAUGCCUGUCAGGCAAAUUAUACCGCAGGUUGUACGUACCAGGACGCUCUUGCGGACUACCGUGCCGCGAGAGGCCUUCCUAGCAUUUCGAUCAAUCUCGGCAACGUGAAGUCAGUCGGUGUCCUGGCUAAACAAGAGGAUAUUGCCAGUCAUCUGGAGAGAGUAGGGUUCCGGGCCAACGAAGAAGAGGAGGUUCUCCAACUCUUCCAGGCAGCUAUCCAAAGUCCAUUGCGGGAGCCAGGCUCAGCUCGAAUCCUGAGUGGCAUUGCCGCGUUCUCGAAUCACGAAGACAUUCCCUGGAGAAAGGAAGCUCGCUUUGCAGACCUUUCGCGGUAUCAGAGCUCUUACUCGACUUUGCAAGGAAAGGAAAACAGGAGUAUUGUUUCGCUCAAAGAAAGGUUGUCCUUUUGUAGCUCUCGGUCAGCUGCUGUGGAAUUCAUCAUUCAUGCUCUCGCCAUGAAGCUCUCUAACAUCUUCAUGAUACCUGAGUCAGAUAUUAACAUCAAACUGCCUUUGGCAGAAUAUGGUGUCGACUCUCUGGUGGCAGUGGAGUUGCGCAGCUGGCUUGUCCAGAGCGCCAAAGCCGAUAUUAGUAUCUUCGACUUGACUACGAGUCAGUCCCUCUCGGCAUUGGCUGAGAUCAUAGUCGACCAAAGUUGGUCUAACACAGCAUAA